AUGCAAGAUGGUAUUUACUGCCCGUUGCAUAUUUACUACGGUGAGAAAGAACUGAAUGCUAAUGAACUUAUAUCCAUUAGUCAUACGGUCCGACCCACAUUCGAACUCAGGCUGCAAAAUGAUGUUGGGGAAAGUCGGAAUUUUGUUUUCCAGCCAAAUCGAGAGUUAUUGAAAACUGCUGGCAAGAUUGAUAUAUCAUGUCAUUUCGAAAUUAUAAGCAGCACAGGUGAACACAGUGCUAUGACCACUUGCUCCACAUCACUUUUUGGAGGUUUAUUCACAAUAAAUGGUCGACGAUUUGUACUAGGAGCGAAUCCGAAUGCAUCAUUUCAUUUUGUUCCAUUAUCUGAUCAUUCCUGUGAUUGGGGACUGAGAAGUAAGCGUUCUAUUGGUGGAUCUCAUACAGCUGAAUAUUAUGCACAGUUUUUAGAUGACCGUUGGCGUUACGUGGAGUUAGCACUUAUUGCAGAUAAAUUAGUGUUUGAGAAAUAUGACAGCAAUGUAACUGAAGUUAUGCAGAGACUUAAUGCUAUCACGAGUUAUAUUAAUUCGUUAUAUAUGCCAAUCAAUAUUCGAGUAGUUCUUGUUUGGGCCGAUGUCUGGACAAAUAGUAAUCAAGUGGAUAUUACAUCAAAUUCUGAUACAACUCUAUGGAAUUUUCUGAACUGGCGAAAAACAUUAUUGAAAGAUCAUCCACAUGAUAAUGCACAUUUACUUACUGGUGUUGUAUUUGAGAACAAUGUUGUUGGAAAGGCUUUCAAAGGUACGAUGUGUUCUUAUGAUUUUUCGGGUGGAGUGGAUAUGGAACACAGUGAUCAGGCUGCAUUUGUUGCUGCAACUAUUGCACACGAAAUGGGACAUAAUUUUGGAAUGGAGCAUGAUAUCGAUGAAGUGGAAUGCCGUUGUCCAGCCAAAUCAUGUAUUAUGUCACCAUCUACGGGCAUUAUUCGGCCAACAUUCUGGUCAGAAUGCAGUAUGCGUGCAUUACAGCAUAGCUUUUCACGUGGGGUGGAUUAUUGUUUACGCAAUUCUCCUACAAGUGUAUUUGGUGGUGCACGUUGUGGCAACGGAAUUGUAGAAGUUGGUGAAGAAUGUGACUGUGGAACACCGAGCUCAUGUAUUAACAAAUGUUGUAAUCCAGUAACAUGUCAGCUAGCGGAAGCGGCUGUCUGCGCUAGCGGUGAAUGUUGUGAUUUGAAUACCUGUCAAAUGCUACCAGCUACUACCGUUUGUCGUCAGGCAACCAACGAAUGCGAUUUACCAGAAUAUUGUGAUGGACAUAUGGAACACUGUCCAGCGGAUUUCUUUGUUCAGGAUGGCCAUAAAUGCCCAAAUCACGUUAAUGAUUUUUGCUACAAUGGUUACUGUGGAAGUCGUGAUGCCCAGUGUCAAUAUAUUUGGGGACGAACUGGAAGAGAUGCAGCCCCAGUAUGCUAUGACUUGAAUUUAUAUGGGAGCAGUGGUGGCAAUUGUGGGUUUUUACAUGAAACAAAUCGUUUCGUGCCGUGUCAUAAAAAUAAUAUUAAGUGUGGGCGAUUACACUGUAUUCAUGAGAAUGAGAAACUGGCAUUUGGUGAUCCGUCAACAGUUUAUACAUCAUACACUGGUUUGAAAUUGAGCAGUGGUGAAGAUGUUGCGUGUAGAGUGAUUUGGACAAAAUACAUAAGUGGACAAAAAGAACCUGAUCCGGGAAUGGUUCCAGAUGGUGCAUUCUGUGGUCAAGAUAAAAUGUGCGUUGACGCAAAAUGUCAGAAUCGAACUGCGAAAGUACUCAUGGCCCCCAAAUGUGAACCAGUCUCAUGCAAUAACGCAGGAAUCUGUAAUAAUAUGGGUAAUUGUCACUGCGACCCUGGUUACGGUGGACCAUCCUGUGCUAUACCUGGUCCUGGUGGGUCAGUAAAUAGUGGCCCUGCUAUUGAGGGUGGUGUCAUUCAUGUAGGCUUUGUGGUAUUUUGGCUUCUUUUGAUACUAACUAUUACGUUUAUUGGUAUUUCAAUUAUCGUGAAACGAAAACGAGAUUUCUGGCUCCACAAAGAAAUUUGGGAGAAACUGAAGAAGGCAUUGAAGAUUGAGAAGCUUUUGGUACCAAUUCGCAAAGCGCCGCCACCUCCACGAUCGACUAUACGUACAGCUGAUCUUAACUUAAUAUGGGGUGAUACUGCAUCAGAUGCUUUACGUGUACGUAGCUAUCAUCAACCGCUUCCACCCAGUAUCAGUCCACCAGUUGUUCCGUCGACUACUUUGAAUUUAGUACCGACGAAACCAAGUGUUAUUGCAUAUCGUAAUUCGAUGAGACCAACCACUGCUCCUCCUAAAGUACCACAACGACCACGAAGUGAAGCUUUACAAGCGCUUUAUGCAGAAAAAGGCGAGGAACUCAGUAUGAAUCUAACUAAGCAGACUUCACCAAUGUAUUGUAUUCCAUCGGAAGCGAAUGCGGUGAAAAGGAUAGAAACAGAAACUUUUAGGCCUGUACAAGCACCGCCAUUACCACCUCAUCAUAACCACGUAUUGGCAAAAAAUAAUGCUUUAUCCGAUAACAGAGAUAAGCCCUUGUUGGCUGUAAAACCUUCAAGUGUAAAGGAUAUUGCUGCACGUUUCGAUCCGAAGACAUCUCAAGUAUCAACUAAAUUUAUCUAA